AUGGCGCCCCCAACAGCCGGUGUGUCGAAGCGCAUGUCUCGCGUGUUCGUGAGCACCCGCCUAUCGAACGCCAUCACAGCCACCGCUACUUCGCCCGCACUGCCGCCUAUCGCCCGGACCUACCGGCCGCCCGUUUUCCCGCGACCCCUGCCCCAACUUCCGGGAACAGAGGCCGCGGCAAAGAGGACCGCCACGCCGCCGGAGAGGCCCCUGCCGCAACUCCGCACGAAGACCAGCCCGCCCGUUGCACUCUCCAUGCCCUCAUUGGACAUGGAGACGUCGCCGCCGCGCACAUUCUGCUUCGCGCCCACCAACCCUUUUUCGCCGCCCUCCAUGUCCAGGCCGGACACGGAGAUAACACCGCCGCGAUCAUACGCGGCGGUGUUAAAUACCAACCCGGACUCGCCGCCGCAUGCGCCUCCGCGCCCGUCCCUCCGGACGACGCCCACGCCAUCGCCGCCGAAGAAGACCGCCCAGCAGCCACCGCUCGCCCCCGCGAGCAGGAAAAUACCACCAAUAGUGGUGGACCAGCUGCCGAACUGGCCGCACCACUUCCGCCAGCUGCGGGAGGUGCUCGGCCAUGUCCCCAACGCGCGCCCAGCUACGGGACUCUCCUGGUUCGCGUACGCCCCCCCGGCGGAGCGCUCGCUGAAGCUGGCGAUCCUCGGCCUGCCCGUGGAUACGAACCCCACCGAGCUGGAGGAGGAGCUGCGCAACCGCGGCUUCUGCCCAGAAUACGUCCGCCCCAUCCAGGGCAAAAGAGGGUGCGUCUUCUUUGUGGAGAUGAAGAGGACCAAAGACUUCCACACCAUCUACGAGACCACCGAGCUGCUGUGCAUGCCCGGUGUGAAAGUUGAGGCAUGGAGAGGACGCAAGGGGCCCUCCCAAUGUCACCGCUGCCAACAGUUUCGCCACAGCAGCCACAAUUGCCAUCGCCCGGUGGCCUGUGUUCGCUGUGGCGAAAGCCAUGCGGCCAAAGACUGCCUGCGGCCCCGGGAGGUUCCAGCCACCUGCUGUAACUGCGGGGGGGGACACCCGGCCAACAGCCCUUCUUGCCCGGUCAAGUUGCGCGAGCUGCGGAACACGAAGGCGGGAACCGCGCCUAUGACCACAGCAAGAAGAGCCCCACUGCCACCUCCACCCUCAACAGUGGACCCCAGCAGCGAGCCGACCGCGCGGAGCUCGCUUAUGGCCGCGGCGAACGGCCCAGACGGGCCCAAGCCGCGCAGGCCGAAGCGCAUCCGCGCGAGGGCAAAGCCUGCCCCUGCAGCCUCCAUCACUGUCGAGCCGCAGCCGACACCGACGCCGAACCAAGCGGUCGCCGCCCCUCCCAGGGGGGGGAAGAAGGCGAAGCCCCAAGUGGAGGAACCAUCGGCCCCAUCCAGUGAGAAACUGGAAGUGCUGGAGCAGACGAUCCAACUGCUGCACAACGUCCUCGCUGCCAUCCGCUCACGGAUUGACCCUGUGCCCAUCAUCUUCAUCAAGACCCCCGACUUCACCCUUUAG